UAAUACAGAUAUGCAGAUAUAUACGCGAUUCUUGUGUUGAGUGUUGAGGUUCAUUUCAUUUUCAGAUCCGCUGCUGGCCGGAGCUGAUUUUAAGAUUUUUCAUUUCUUCCAAACUAAAUCAAACCAAACAAAUACAUAAAAUCAAUGUUAUUAUAAGUUAACCAAAGCCAUGAAAUCAGUGUAGCUCCGAGGAAAAGCGACAUUACUAUCAUACCCUUCUCGUGUUUCUUCUUCAUUUUUUCUCUCUUCCACUGUCGGUGACGGUGUCUGAGAUUCUGAGAAAGUUUAUGUGGUUGAUUUGAAUCGGUUGUGUGGUGUGGUGGGAAAAUAAUUUCGGUUACAUGUUUAAAAAGGCAAAGAUUUUGGUUGUGUGCUUGUUUCUGAAACCUCGUACUGAGUUGUAGCACUUGGAUCUUGUGGAUUGAGCCUUUAAGUCGCUAUCUUACUCAGCGAUUGUGGUUAUGGAGACCCUUUUUGUUGUUGAGCAGCAUAAUAAGAACCAAUACUACAACAGGUCCAAGUCACAGGGUCAUGCUCGAUUUGGGGGGUCACCUUCAAGGGGCUUUAGGGAUAUCAAUUGCAGAACUUUUGAGUCUGGGAGAACUGGUAUAUUGCCAACACCUUUGAAAUCGCAUCAUGGUUCUCCCAAAACACCACCUAACUCUGAUAACAAAAUGGUUGGGAAAGUAAAAGUUACUCCUAAGAGCACCCCAAUUCCCAUCAAUGGUAAAGCUUAUAGAAAAGAAGAGAGUGAAGAUGUCCCUAAUGGUGGGGGUCUUUUGCUUUCUGAAUUGUGGGCUGGACCUACCUACUCAAACUCACCACCUCCCAGUUCCUUGCCAAUUCCCAAGUUUUCCGUCUGGCCGAAGAGGACCGUGUCUCUUGAUCUCCCUGGUUCCUCCUCCCCUGAGAUUGAAAUGCACCCUGUGGCUAAGUCUGCGCCCUCUUCCCCUAGCAGGGAGCUUUUGGAUUUGCCUUUUACAAGGGAUUUCUUUGAUGAUAAUGCUGAUUCUGCUGCGACUAAGACCCUGUGUCGCAUUCUUAAUCUUAACAUCAAUGAUGACUGAAAUGGAAGGAGCAAUAGGCUCCUGUUAGUGUUAGAUGUGUAUAGAUACCAAAUAAAGUUUGUAGUCUUAGUUGGUUUAUGUUGCCUUUGGUUGUGGUGUUGCCCUUGACAAUCUGGGCUGUGAUGGUGGGUCAACAAUCUCCAGAUUUUGGAAUUUGGAUCAAGCUUUUAGCUGUGGAGAGGGUAACUGGGUGUAUACUAGAGGAAUCUAUUGAAAGCAGGCUUUGCUAUGGAUUGUACAACUUGAUGGAAGCUUCGAUGAAAAUGUUUGGUAUAUAGAAUAGUGGUAAUGGGUAGAAGUGGCAUGGAAUAGACUUGGGUUGACAUUGAUUUAAUCUAUUGGACCUGAAGAAUCCUGUAUUUAUGAUACAUAGUUCUCAGCAUCAUCUCCUCCUCACAGAAUGGUUAACUUUCCCUUAUUCUUGCGUAGGAUUUAGGCCUCUUGCUUUAGAUAUUAUUUAUAUACUGCAAAAUCCUCCCCUCCCCUUCCUGCCCUUCUCUCUCUAUCUGUUUCUUCUUUCUACAAUCCUUAACCAUUCAAACUUAUAUUCUAAUUAUGUAUAUAGUGUGCAUCACUGUCAUAUCAGUCUUCUAGAUGGUAAUGCUGUUUGCUAGUUACUACCUUCCUCACCUGUCUUUCUUUUCCUCUAGUCAUCUUUGUUUCUCUUUGGUUAACUUUGUAUUUAGCUACCCUCAGUGAGGGUGUAGUUUACCCCUUCAUCAUCUUUUCUGUUUUUUUUCAAAGAAAAGUAAGAAGGGAUUGGUAGUAGUCUUUUGCAGUAUCUGCUUCAGUUUUUAGGAUUAAUCCAUGUCACUCCACCUACUAGUAAACCCCUGAUAUGUUUCAUUCCGAGUAAUGCUUAUUUCCUUAGUCCUAGACCUAGUUCUCUCCUGGCUUAUCUUCCAUUUUCAUGGGGUGUGUUGACCGUUCUAUGCCAAAUUUUAAGGGUGGCAAAACUUUAUGAAGUUUGUUUGGAUCGUGACUUGUGAGAUGUGGUCAGUUGCAACUCAGUUUUUCUCCCUAAUGUCCGUUGUGGCUCAUAAAUUUGUCUGUGUUUCUUUCUUUCUGCCUCAGUUACUUGUGGAUUUUGUUUGGUCUGCUGGAAUAUGUUACUGACUCUUAACUAUACAACAUUUUGUAUCUGAAUUAAAUCUCCUUGUUAAUUUAUAUAGCUGUUCUUCGGAAGCUAUGUCCUAUGGCAUGAUUAUCUACAUUUUAUGAACUGUUGUAUCUGUUGUCAGUUGUUUGAUCUUUUAAAUGAAUUGGUUUCCAAAUAUUGA